GGCGGAGGAGGUGGACGAGAAGGUGCUGCACGCCGCCUUCAUCCCCUUCGGGGACAUCACCGACAUCCAGAUCCCGCUGGACUACGAGACGGAAAAGCACCGGGGAUUCGCCUUCAUUGAGUUCGAGCUGGCAGAGGAUGCGGCAGCAGCUAUUGAUAACAUGAACGAGUCUGAGCUCUUCGGCAGGACAAUUCGUGUGAACUUGGCUAAACCAAUGCGAAUUAAAGAAGGAUCAUCCAGGCCUGUCUGGUCAGAUGACGACUGGCUGAAGAAGUUUUCGGGGAAGACUCUGGAGGAGAACACAGAGGAGGCAGGAGCAGAGGCCCCCAAAACAGAGGUGCAGGAGGGUGAGCCUCCUGCCAAGAAAUCCCGGGUCAACCCUCAGGUUUACAUGGACAUCAAGAUUGGAAACAAACCUGCGGGGCGGCUGCAGAUCCUCCUGCGUUCAGAUGUGGUGCCCAUGACCGUAGAGAAUUUCCGCUGUCUCUGCACCCACGAGAAAGGUUUCGGCUUCAAAGGGAGCAGCUUCCACCGUAUCAUCCCCCAGUUCAUGUGCCAGGCUGGCGACUUCACCAACCACAACGGCACCGGAGGCAAAUCCAUCUACGGGAAGAAGUUUGAUGAUGAAAACUUCAUUCUCAAACACACGGGGCCAGGGCUGUUAUCGAUGGCAAACUCUGGCCCAAACACCAACGGCUCCCAGUUCUUCAUCACUUGUGAUAAAACAGACUGGCUGGACGGGAAGCACGUGGUGUUCGGCGAGGUGACGGAGGGCAUGGACGUGGUGCGGCAGAUUGAAGCUCAGGGCACCAAAGAUGGGAAACCGAAGCAGAAGGUGAUUAUCUCGGACUGCGGGGAGUGCCCGUGAGCUCGGCUCU